GGAGAGAAAAGACGGCUGCCGGUGUAGGGAAUCCGACGCGAGCUCCGAGAAGUGCGCGUGCGCACUGACCCCGGCGGACCCUAGCAACCAGAGCAGUGACAGUAGCAACCGCCGGAAUGGCGAAAGCAACAACAAUCAAAGAAGCCCUAGCCAGAUGGGAAGAGAAAACCAGCCAGAAGCCAUCUGAAGCCAGAGAGAUAAAGCUGUAUGCCCAGAUUCCCCCUAUAGAGAAGAUGGAUGCAUCCUUGUCCACGCUUUCUAAUUGCGAGAAGCUUUCACUGUCUACAAACUGUAUUGAAAAAAUUGCAAACCUGAAUGGCUUAAAAAACUUGAGAAUAUUGUCUUUAGGAAGAAACAACAUAAAGAACUUAAAUGGACUGGAAGCAGUAGGGGACACACUAGAAGAACUGUGGAUCUCCUACAAUUUUAUUGAGAAGUUGAAAGGGAUCCAUGUAAUGAAGAAACUGAAGAUUCUCUACAUGUCUAAUAACCUGGUGAAAGACUGGGCUGAAUUUGUGAAGCUGGCAGAAUUGCCAUGCCUAGAAGACCUGGUGUUUGUAGGCAAUCCCUUGGAAGAGAAACAUUCUGCUGAGGGGAACUGGGUUGAAGAGGCAACCAAGAGAGUGCCCAAACUGAAAAAGCUAGAUGGUACCCCAGUAAUUAAAGAAGAUGAGGAAGAAGAUAACUAACACUACAUUUUCCACUUUGUGUUAACUUAUUUAAGUGUCAUAAGAAUAGAUAAGUUUUGUAUAGUUGUUUAUUUUAAAGAUUCUGUGUGGGGCAAAUGGUUCUUAAAACAAACCUCUCAUUCCUAUCUUUUGUUCUCUUAAACCUUUUCAGUAUCUCUCCCCCACAACUACACCAACCUUAUAUAUUCUAGUUCUCUUUUUAGAAACUACACAUUUUCAAUUUUUGUCUUCAGUCCCAGUUACAUACUGUGUGGCCCCAUCUACUGAAACCUUUAUAGACCAGUCAUUUUUAAUAACAAAAGAAAUGUGUUGCUUUAUUCAGUUUGUUUAGAUUUGUUUUAGGCCAGACAUCUAAAUAUAUAUACUUAACUAUUGAAUCUGUAGGCCAUCUUUCCUGAAGGUCCAUCUCUUUAUGACUCAGAAGCACAAAUAUGUCAUGCCUUUGGUUCAGGAAGAGUUCCUCUUAGAAUUACAGCAGCAGCCCUAGAAUCAAGACACCAAAGUCGAAUUGGAAAAGUUAGGGUGAAAAAAAGGAGAAAUUAGUACCUGGAGGCCUUAUAAGCCCAUGUUGUAUUUACUUAUCUUUUGUUCCACAAGUGUGUGCAUUGUCCACUGGAAUUUACGUUAUGUUGACCUGCAUGUCCACUCAAGUCCUGUACACAAUCAGCCAGUUGUUCUGUGAUCCUGGUCAGUGGUUAAAAUGACUGUCAUGAUCACUCCUUUGACCAAUACUUUGGCCUUAUUACACAUGUGGACCUGAUUUUAGGCACACUUUUUUGGUUUAUAGUUCCUUAUUUGUUAGAUAAGGAAAUGUAUAUACUCAGUAGUUAUAUAUGAAUUCCUAGCUUAAAUGUUGGCCAUUCAUAUUUUUUUAAAUUUGCCCUAAUAACUUCAGUCUGUUGACCGUCAUGUUGAAAGAAGUAAUUGUUGUAAAGGUAAAGAACUUAAAAGACUGGAUUUGGUAUCUCUCAAUAAGUCAAAUUUAGUAUUUCAAAGUAUAUUUUUAGAAAUGUUUAAGUUAAACAGCUCUAAAAAUAAAUUAUUAAAUGGUUGUGGAAGGAAAAGAUGUUUCCUUAUGGAAUCCCAGGCAAAUGGCAAUAUUUUUAAGGAUUGCCUCUUCUAUGAAGGAUACUAGGUGAUUUAACCUCAGAACUGCAAAGCAAUAGCUGGAUGCAGAGUUUAGACUUUAUCAUAUAAGAAAAAAUUGUUUUUGGAAAAUGCAAGAUAUGGUAGUCAGUAAUCCAGAUGAAGUCCACAGUAGGCUGUGACUGAGUCACUGAUUGCAAAAAAGAAGUCGAGGCCCUCUGCCAAAUUGUGCCUAAAGUCCCUCAACCAGAGACUAUUAAUGGUUGCUAUUAAUCUUUCCCCAUUUACUUGUGUAAAACCAGUCAAAGAAACAAAAGUAGUCCUGGCUUUCAGAAGCUUUCAGCUAUUUUAGUAGGAACUACAUGAUUUCUCUGAAUCACUCUGAUCAAAAGGGACCACUGCUUUGACAAUCAAUUCUAAAUAAAAGUCUAGUACUUUUUUAGCUUCCUUAUGAUCUUCCUUAGUUUGAUAGGAAGAAAUCUUUGCUCUGACUAGCUUAUACAUUCAGAGCCUUUGAGUAUUUUUUUCCGAACCAUAGGCAAUGAGAAUUACCCUUGGUGAUAUUUAAGGCCCAUAAACUAAGAGGGAAGACUAUCUUCUUUUCUUGUACUUUGCACUUCAUCUAGUAGGUAAGUUUGAAGCCAUAUUGCUGUGCAUGGAUGUAUUUUCAAAAGUUAACGCUGGAAGUGAAUAUAAUAGGGAAUGAAUGAAUGACUUCAUAUUGAAUUUAUUUAUAAAAUGGCUUACACUGUUUAUUGAUUUUUUGAAUUCUGUAGUGUAGAAAGUAAUUUUCUGUUUCUCCUUUUUUUAAAAAAAGUUUUAAUUGGAGGAUAAUUGCUUUAUCUCCUUGUUUCUUAAUGUCUUUUAAUCACUGGUAGUUCUCAGAGAAGUGUAAGGUGCUUUUCUGUGUUAAUUUCACACACAAUUUAUAAUUCAGUUUCAGUCAACAAAUACGCACAAAUGACUUCUGUGCAUCCUUUUCUUAGAAUUAGAGAAUUCAUGUCAUUAGAAAAUGAAAGAUAAGGUAUAUAAAGAAGUUCAGAAUAUUCUUUCAACUAAUUCUUUAUGUCAUCCUUUACUGCUGCAAAUUUAGCUGAUAGUAAAUGCCUUUGGUUUAUGCUUCUAGGAUUAGAUAUUUGACCUACUUGAAAUGGAUUCUGUGCUCCUUGUUUAAAGCAUAAUGCCAUUUUAGUGGAUCAUUCAAUUUCUUCUAUUUCUAUAGUGAUGGAAUUAGUGAAAGUGAAAAGUGAAGGUCACUCGGUUGUGUCUGACUCUUUGUGAUCCUGUGGACUGUAGCCCGCCAGGCUCCUCUGUCCCUGGAAUUCUGCAGGCCAGAAUACUGAAGUGGGUAGCUGUUCUCUUCUCCAGGGGAUCUUCCUUGACCCAGGGAUUGAACCAGGGUCUCCUGCAUUGCAGGCAGAUUCUUUACCAGCUGAGCUACCAGGGAAUCAGUACAAUAUUUUAAUUUUUCACAGGAAAUUUUAUUAUAGCCUACUGAGGAAUUCAGCUUCCCUAUGUUCCCUAACUCUAAGCUUUUAUUGUAUUACCUAGUCAGGUUUUGAAAGAUUUUUGUGUUCUUUGUAAAUAGGAGUGUGUUCCUUUAAACCAGAGUUUCUCAACCUGGCACUAUUAAUAUUUUAUGCUGGAAUAGUGUUGCAAGGCACAGCUGGCUGUUCCUGGUAGUGUGGGAUGUUUAGCAGCAUCUCUGGCUUUCACACACUAGAAGCCAGUAGAACACUCUCCCAAGUUGUGACAACCAAAAGUGUCUCUAGACAUCGCCAUCUGUCCUCUGGGGCAUAAGGGUGGGAACAAAUUCGCCCCUGGUUAAGAACCAGUGCUUUGUAGCAACGUUCCUUUUUCCAAGGUCCAUUUAUUUUCAUUCUGUAGUCAUAUACUACCUGAGUUGUUUCAGAGAAGGUGAUGUAUUUGGUAAUCGUGGAUAGAAGGAAAUGGUCACUGGUGUUUUCCUUGUAAUGCUGUUUUUACUAAUUUUCAUGUAACAUUAGAAACUCAGGGCUGGAAGGCUCAACUUAUGUUUUUCAGCAGGGUCUCUACUUUUAUUGUUUAGCAUUCUUACUUAUCUUAGGACAAUAAGUGUUAACCUACCUCUCCUUACUAUCAACAGAAUCCAACUUUAUGAUAGAUUUUGCUUUGUCUCUGAAGUUUAACAUUUUGAAUAUACUUUAGAAAAUGGAUCAUCAUUCUUUAGGUGUUCAUUCUUUAUUCAUUGUCCAAUAAUGCACAAAUUUUGUAGACUGUAGCAGUCAUUAAAUACAGAAAAAUAUUGUAUAAAAUUUGGUAAUUAUAUAUGAAAGUAGCUGGCAUAGACACUGAUUUUGCAUGUGAUCAGAAGAAUGUCUGGUCAUAAUUGGCCAGUAACUUGGUAUGGUUACUGGAUCUAUUCCACAAAUAGAGGUGGUAUAAGACAUGUUAAUGCGGUUCCUGUAUAGAAAGAGAAAUUUUGACUUGAAUAGACGCUUCUGAUACCUCUUACCAGUUGGCCUCAAGUAGAAUAAGGAGGAGUCAGAAAUGAAUCUUAACAGUUAACUUAUCCUCAGAGUUGGUGAUGUGUAAGUUGAGUUGAAGGUAGUUGUCUAUGGGACCUAGAAUCUUCCAGCUGGAUUUUUCUUAGGACUAAAUGGAAAAUGUGUAGGGCCUGGAAAGGUUGGAUUAAGUGACUAACUUAAAAAAAAAAAAAACUGGGGGGAAGUGUCAAAGCAUUGAUCAUGAGUAGUCUGAUUGUCUAAACUGCAAUCUGAUUGUCUGUUCACAAAGACCUUACAUUGUAAAUAUUGGCAAAGGGAGAAAAAUAACUGUUAAAUUGGAAGUUAUCCUUUAGCAGAAAUCAGUUCCUUUGGCAUGCAUUUUAUUUAUUUGGCCUGCUUAAUAUGUCUGUAAAUAACUGAAUAUAAAACAAAUUCAGUGCAGCAGAGCUGGUGCUUCUGACACAGCUUACUUGACGAUAUUCCUUUAUCUUCAGUUUAGCAUGAGUGUUUUUAACUAUAAAGUAAGUGCAAUAAAAAAAAAAUUAAGGGUAUGUUUUUUUUUUUAAAAAAACCACUGAACUUUUAGAAAUCCCUCAUUUACAUCUCCAUUCCUGCCUUAUUAUCAACCAGCGACUACAAAGAAAGAAAAUGAACAAGCAGACUGAGUCUUACCUUUUUCUAACCUAAGAUAAAUUUUCACUUGACUUUUGGAGGAGUCAUAACUGGAUUCUAGUUAAUUUCCCAUAUUGGGCCCGUUAGAAGGAACCAGCCAACCAAAUUAUGAUCUAGCAAAUUUAACAAGGAGGUGGGGGAGAGGAAACUAUUUUACAGUAGAUUUGCACUUUAAAAUGAACUGGAUGUUGGUGAAAAGUACUCUUAAAGGGCACCCAGCCUGCAUGUGGAUAUUAGAGAAUUAAAGUUCAUCCUUGCUUGUUCUGAGCCCACCGGAGCAGUAGUUCUGUGUCAAUAUAAUCAGAGUCAGGAUUUCCUUAUUUCCCUAGUUGGUGUCAUCUUCCAUAUCUGCUACAUGAAGUCAUCCCUCUGGGGGAUUUAUUAAGUAGAAUUCUGCUACUCAGAAUGGAAACUUUGUGAGUUAUCUUUCCUACAUCUAGAUUUUAAAAAUUAAUUUAAUAGUGGCUAGAUUAAGUUGUGGCUAAUGUUACAAUGGUGGGAUGUUCUUUGCUUUUUUGAUCAGCAGGGUACCUGCCUCUGAGGUGCUAUUGCCUAGAGGGAUCAAUAUCAGAAGAGCAGUGAGUUGGUAGCUGCAGAGAACAUACAUACAGGCAGCUCCUUCUCCCAGGGUGUCAGUCAUGGUCACGAGCAUCAUUCCAGAAUCUUUGGCUUCCAGAACCAACUCCAUUCUGAAGAGCAUUUUAACAUGUAUUAAUACUUUGGUAAUAAUCUUUUAUAUGCAGGAAUUUUGUAGCAUGACUUUAUGACUAAACUUAUUGUGUUAAAUUAUUUAGAAAUGUUGAGUUUCUGAAUUAUUUUGUGAGACUUGUUUUAAAACAAUAAAUUGUGUUAUUUUAU